CGCGGGCGGGCGGCCGCGGGGGUGGCGGGAUAGGCUGGGCGCGGCCGCCAGUGCGCUCGGCGCCGUCAGGUCCCUGCGGUCCCCGCGGGCCCUCUGCCCCGCCGGCGCCAUGGGCAAUUGCCACACGGUGGGGCCCAACGAGGCGCUGGUGGUCUCAGGGGGCUGUUGUGGCUCUGACUAUAAACAGUACGUGUUUGGCGGUUGGGCCUGGGCCUGGUGGUGUAUCUCCGACACUCAGAGGAUUUCCCUAGAGAUUAUGACGUUGCAGCCCCGCUGCGAGGACGUAGAGACGGCCGAGGGGGUAGCUUUAACUGUGACGGGUGUCGCCCAGGUGAAGAUCAUGACGGAGAAGGAGCUCCUGGCCGUGGCCUGUGAGCAGUUUCUGGGCAAGAACGUGCAGGACAUUAAGAACGUCGUCCUGCAGACCCUGGAGGGGCACCUGCGCUCCAUCCUCGGAACCCUGACCGUGGAGCAGAUUUAUCAGGACCGGGACCAGUUUGCCAAGCUGGUGCGGGAGGUGGCGGCUCCUGACGUCGGCCGCAUGGGCAUUGAGAUCCUCAGCUUUACCAUUAAGGACGUGUAUGACAAAGUGGACUACCUGAGCUCCUUGGGCAAGACGCAGACCGCUGUGGUACAGAGAGAUGCCGACAUUGGGGUGGCCGAGGCCGAGCGAGAUGCAGGCAUCAGGGAAGCGGAGUGCAAGAAGGAGAUGCUGGAUGUGAAGUUCAUGGCAGACACCAAGAUUGCCGACUCCAAGCGAGCCUUUGAGCUACAGAAGUCAGCUUUCAGUGAGGAAGUCAACAUCAAGACCGCCGAGGCCCAGCUGGCCUAUGAGUUGCAAGGGGCCCGGGAGCAGCAGAAGAUCCGGCAGGAAGAGAUUGAGAUCGAGGUUGUACAGCGCAAGAAGCAGAUCGCAGUGGAGGCACAAGAGAUCCUUCGCACGGACAAGGAACUCAUUGCCACGGUGCGCCGCCCCGCCGAGGCUGAGGCCCAUCGCAUCCAGCAGAUCGCCGAGGGUGAAAAGGUGAAGCAGGUCCUCUUAGCACAGGCAGAGGCCGAGAAAAUCCGCAAAAUCGGUGAGGCGGAGGCAGCAGUCAUCGAGGCGAUGGGCAAAGCAGAGGCCGAGCGAAUGAAGCUCAAGGCUGAGGCCUACCAGAAAUACGGGGAUGCAGCCAAGAUGGCACUGGUGCUGGAGGCCCUGCCCCAGAUUGCUGCCAAAAUCGCUGCCCCACUGACCAAAGUCGAUGAGAUUGUGGUCCUCAGUGGGGACAAUAGCAAGGUGACAUCAGAAGUAAACCGACUACUGGCGGAGCUGCCUGCCUCUGUGCAUGCCCUCACCGGCGUGGACCUAUCCAAGAUACCCCUGAUCAAGAAGGCCACCGGUGCACAGGCAUGAAGGCCUGUACCCCUCAGCAGCCGUUUUACUACCACAGCGACAACGGGAGCGUUACUGACUCUGGUGCCUUAUUUUGUAGGGACCAGAGGUGCUGCGUGUCCAGGCCCUCUCUGGCUGUCUUCCCUUCUCUCUUGUCUCUGGCCAUCUCCUUUUCUCUUUUUCCUUCCCACACCUUCACUUCCACUGCCACACUCAUCAGGUCUGUCUCCCCCACCUCGUGUCCACCUCUGUACAUCUCUUCCUUCAUCUAUCUGUCUCUGUCUCUGCUCCCCCCCUACACAUCCUGUAGUUUAGGCUGAAGUCGUUUAUUAUAAUCACUGUCUGUGGGGGGUAGUAGCCCUGCUGCUCCUCAGAAUCCUGGUGCCUUGAAGUGCUCUGUGCAUCGUCCAUCCUCCCUGUGGCCCUUGCCAAAACUCGGCAUGGGUGCAGAGGGUCUGGGUAGGAUGGCCACCCUCUCCUCUCCUGGCCUGGUCUUCCUGGCCCUACCCCAGGAAGUCCCCAGCCUCUCCCAUUCCGACCCCCGAGGCCUAGCUGGCCACUGCCCUCCCCAGCCCCAGGCCUGCUCUCAUACCUUACCUCUCUCUCCCCACCUAGGGGCACAGGGGCAAGGCCUCCUGUCUAUAGCAGCUCCCUCACUUUACUACUGCCUUAGGAGGCCCCUGCUUGUGCUCAGGGAAGUCCCCUUCAUGGACAUGUCCCUACUAGGUGGAGUAGGGCUUGGUCCCAACUCUGUUAAGCCUUCCUGGGAUCCGGGUCUAGCUCUGUUGGGGACUGGAAGGUGUGUAGACCCUCUUCCUACUAGGGCUGUGCUGUCCUGGACAUUGGGCUAGGCCCUUCCAGUGGUUAGGGCUGUGCCAACCAUGUACAGAAUUGAGUGCUGUAGACUGGCCAGACUCCAUACCCCUUAUGCCAUCUUUCCUUCUGACCAGAGUGAUAGGGUUCCAGCCAUGGGGAAGCAGUCCAGUCCUCUGUCUCCUUGCACUAUCGGAGACAGAAGAGCCCAGGGCCCAAGCAUCCUGGCAGGGAUGCUGUGGGUGUCAGUUGGUUCCAGUCUCCCACUUCUGGCUCUGCCCCAGCCUGUGUAGCUGUUCCUGCAUGUGGAUGCUGCAUGUCGGGUCUGGGGCUUGGAUGCUGCACUGCCCCGCUGCCUGUCCCUUCUAGUAAAAUAAAGAUCUGUUAUGCCUA